ACGGCUUCCAUUUCUGUUCUGGAACACACGAGCCCUCGCGAAGAAUACACAUUUGCUUUUCUGAAUUUGUCUUCUAAUGUAAAUAGAGUAGUAAGUGCGACAUAUUGACGAAGUGAAACCUAUUUAUAUUUGGAUAAAUAGUGUUGUUUUUUUCCGCUGAAGGACACGUUUGAGCUCCAGAAGAAGCGAGCCGGGUUUUUAUUCCCCAUUUUAACUUUAGUGAGCGGCGUUUUCCGCCGUUUUUUUAUUCCCUCCCCUACCCCUCUCUCGCUCCCCCCUGUGAGAGUCGCGGCCUGUAGUGCAGCCACGAGGCGCGUCGGACCACCGGGAAUCAGGCGAUGGCGGAGUUUGGUAACGGACUGGCAGAUGAAUCUCUGCUGGACUCAGACCCGGGACAUUCAGAACUUGAAGACCCAGGCGUCGGCGAUGAAGAACCGGGAUUAGACGAGGGAGAGGCCGCUAUUGAAGAUCCGGAGCUGGAGGCAAUUAAAGCCCGGGUGCGAGAGAUGGAGGAGGAGGCAGAGAAACUGAAGGAGCUACAGAACGAGGUGGAGAAACAGAUGAAUCUCAGUCCUCCACCUGCUGGCCCUGUCAUUAUGUCUAUUGAAGAGAAGAUGGAAGCAGAUGGGAGAUCUAUUUACGUUGGAAAUGUGGAUUAUGGUGCGACGGCAGAGGAGUUGGAGGCGCAUUUCCAUGGCUGCGGUUCCGUAAACAGAGUCACCAUCUUGUGUGACAAGUUUACAGGACACCCCAAAGGGUUUGCAUAUAUAGAGUUUGCAGACAAGGAAUCUGUUAGGACAGCCAUGGCACUGGAUGAGUCCUUAUUCAGAGGAAGGCAGAUUAAGGUUGGGGCCAAGAGAACAAAUCGUCCUGGCAUUAGCACCACAGACCGCGGUUUCCCUCGGGCCCGCUUCCGCUCACGGGGAGGAAACUUCUCAUCCAGGGCACGCUACUACAGUGGCUACACCCCCCCCAGAGGCAGAGGACGGGCCUUCAGGGGCCGAGGGCGAACAACAUCGUGGUACUCCCCUUACUAAUACCUCCCCACCCCCCUAUGAAAUCCCCCCUAUCUAUAGAUAUCCCUAUAGAAAAGAAAAAAAGACCCCUCUCAAAAAAGGAAGAAAAAAAGAAGAAAAAAAGAAAAAAAAGGGGGCGGGGAGAAAGAAAAGAGCAUCUCCUGGAAAGACAGACUGACUGGCCGCAGUGUGCGAUUGUGUGUGCGCGUGCGUGUGAGGAGGUGUUGCGAUCGCCCUGGUAAGGUACAAUAUGGCCGUUUGGGAGAUUUGGUGGCAUUUGUUUAAAUUUGAGAAGAUGAUGUAAUCUCAGGCUGCAGAUGUGUGUCCUUUUGUCUGGCUGUGAGUUUUCUCUCCGCAAACAGCCCCUUUUAUGUUUGCACUCGAGAAAGGCAAACAGAAAAAAAAUGUUAACUUUUUAAAAAAAAAUUUUUUUUGAUUGUAACGUGAAUAUGUGAACAAUUUAAUAGCAAGAAUGUUGUUGUUUUCACAAAGUUGUGCUAUUUGAGAUCAUAUUCUCUUAUUUUGUCUGUGCUCUCUCUGGAGUCCCUUUUCCCCCCAGCGCUGGUUUCUUUCCCGUUCAUCCCUCACUCGGAUUACUUCCUCCACCGGUGUUAUUCUGACAGUGGUUUAGAGUUGGGCGUUGUUUUUACGUUUUACUGUUCUUGAACCAUCUUCCACACCAUACAACUAUUGUAAGAUGGCAUGGCCUGAGCUCUGAGAUCUUUUCUUUUGUAUUUUAAAAGUUCUUUUUUUGUCUCACGCUGCCAUACGCCAUUCCCGACCAUCCUUUCCCUGUUCCUGUGCUGCUUCUCCCCCCCACCCCGACAGUGGUUGAGAGUUCGGCGUUGUUUUUAACUUUUACUGUUCUUGAACCAUCUUCCACACCAUACGACUAUUGUAAGAUGGCAUGGCCUGAGCUCUGAGAUCUUUUCUUUU